AUGGAAACGCGCCAGCCCCAUCCCCAGCCCCAGCCCCAGCACCAACAGCAACUGGAACGAACGAAUUUAAAGCAACGAGCGUCCCAAACGUCCUUAACUAGGACUAGUCGACGUCAAAGACGCCAACGUCACACAGACCCACCAGCAGCAUUAUAUUUGGCAGCAACAAACGCCUCGACGACGGCCGAAUCGACAACAGGAACGACAGCGGCCACAGCUCUACAGGACACCCUCUCCACAACCUCGUUCAGUAAUAGUCUGUGGCAGAGUCGGAGUGCUAGUCCAGCCACCUUGUCACCUCUAUCCUCAUCGACAACGCUGCCCACAUUGCCGCCAUCAGCGGCCUCGUCUUGCACCCGACUCUGGCCAACGGCCGGACCACGUCUAUAUAAUGCCUGUUCCUCCUUCUCCAUCAACGCCGCCGAUUGCUGCCGAUGCCAGCGUGCUCUGAUAAUGCUCACCAUGCUCGUCGUUGUCAUAGUUGUGAUAUCCGGUAAUGGGGUCUUUGCCGCACAGCGUGAUUCAUACAAAUCGAAGGAUAUGAGCAGCAGUAAUAAUGCCAUACCGAAGAGUGGCUCCGACAGCAACGAUGUGACUGUUAGUGGUGCUCCCAAUGGUGCCACCGGAAGCGCAAGCAGCAACAGCAACAACAAUGGCAUUAGUAAUGGCAGUAACGGAAACAGCAAGAAUGGCCAUGCAAUGGCCACGUCGGGAGGCGGUGGAGGCAUCGGUGGCUCACUGACAACCACCAUAGCGGCAAUAGGCAGCAGCAGUAGCAGUAGCAGUAGCAGCAGCAGCAGCAGCAGCACUACCACAACAGUAACCGGCAUUGCCAGCAGCAGUUUGCAAAAAGUCAGCAGCAGUAGCAGCAACAUGAAUACAAUCGCAUCCGCUGCUUCCGGUAUCAAUCGCAAUAGCAUCGACCUAAUCGAAGAUGCCCGCAAUGGGGGUCCCUAUUUCGACAAAGCAGCCUCCAAGAAUGUCACUGCACUGCUCGGCAAGACGGCCUAUUUGAAUUGUCGUGUCAAGAAUCUGGGCAACAAAACGAUGUUGCUGCAAGUCUCGUGGGUGCGACAUCGGGACAUACAUUUGCUCACAGUUGGCCGCUAUACGUAUACAUCGGAUCAACGUUUUCGCGCCAUACAUCAACCGCAAACAGAAGACUGGAUGCUACAAAUUAAAUAUCCCCAGCAUCGCGAUUCAGGCAUUUAUGAGUGCCAGGUGUCGACAACACCCCACAUGAGCCACUACAUACACUUGAAUGUUGUUGAACCCUCAACGGAAAUAAUUGGCGCACCCGAUUUGUAUAUAGAGAGUGGCUCAACUAUAAAUCUCACCUGUGUCAUACUCAACUCACCGGAGCCACCGGCCUAUAUCUUUUGGAAUCACAAUAAUGCUAUUAUCAACUACGACUCGCCACGCGGUGGCGUCUCGGUUGUCACCAAUAAAGGUGAGACCACAACAUCAUUCCUCCUGAUUAAAUCAGCGCGUCCAUCAGACUCCGGGCAUUAUCAAUGUAAUCCAUCAAAUUCAAAGCCGAAAAGCGUAACGGUACACGUGCUGAAUGGUGUUUCUCAUUCCGUUUCCAGGGGAGUUCCCAGCAGCAAUGCAGCACGCGGCACAAGCUCAGCCUCACAUGUCGUCAGCCCGUUAUGUUUUAGUGUACCUGUUAGUGUGCUUUUGCAGUUUAGCGUAUGCCAAACGCUGUAUGCGGCCCUCCUCAGGGCCUUGCAACACCGGACGUCAGGCGUCGCCGGAACGCUUCGAGCCAUGCGACAUUUCCUCGAAUGCAUUCUGAGUCUGAUGUCGUUGUCGUGCCACUGCUGCUCGCUGCUGGUGGCGAGAUGGCGACAGAGGCGACAGAUGCGACAGGCGAGGACAGUGGGCUGUGGGCGUGGCCCACAACAACAAUCAGUGACGUUAAGGCAAGUAUAUGAGACGGAUAUAAGGUGAGCGCUUAGCUAUGCCGCUCACAAACUCUAGACUAAUGAACUAUAUAUUGAAAUAUUAUAUAAAAAUUAAAUACAUAAUAAACGCAAGCUAAACAUACACACGACACACGACACACAUACAUACAUACAUACAUAAGUUGUGCUAAGAGUGUAACUAUCGUACAUUUAUAUAUACAAAUAUAUUAGUUAUGAUAAUAUACAUAUAUAACUGGCUAUUCGGUUUUUUUCAAAAAUCUCUGAAUCAGCGACGUAUACGUAAUAUUUAGCACAAAACGAAAGCAUUUAAGUUGUCGUACGUUUUUGUAUUAUACAAGCAAGCUGUUGUCUAAGUUCCACUAGUUUCGAUUUUUAUCUUUUAUAUAUACAUAAUUGCUAUGUAAAUUAGACACUUGUAUAUAGGCUGCAUAGCAUACUGACUAACUAACUGAAGAGAAACACUCACUAUUUAAAGUGCUUGAACAAAGAGCUAAAAUGAAUUGAGUUCUUUUUUCUACUUCCUCCCAACAAAUGGGAGAAAAGUUUGUCCAGCUAAGUUGAUGUUCAAUGGAAUUUUUCGAAGAAUUUCCAAGCACUUUUGUGCUACAACUUUGUUUUUUUUUUUGAAACGGACUUUUCUAAAUGCAACUAAAAACCGAACACUGCUCAAA